AUGGCGAACUUCAAGGGCCACGCUCUCCCAGGGAGUUUCUUCUUGAUAGUUGGAUUAUGGUGGUCCGUGAAGUACCCAUUGAAGUACUUUCACCAAAAGGGGAAGAAGAGCCGACUGAAUCAUCAUCACCAGCGUCUUGAGAUCAUUGAAGCUGCAAUCAGGACUUUGUUUUCAGUCACUGGGAUCCUGGCAGAGCAGUUUGUUCCAGAUGGACCCCAUCUGCACCUCUACCAUGAAAACCACUGGAUGAAGUUAAUGAAUUGGCAGCACAGCACCAUGUACCUGUUCUUCGCUGUCUCAGGAAUCGUUGAUAUGCUCACCUAUCUGGUCACCCACAUUCCUUUGGGGAUAGACAAACUGGUUAUGGCUGUGUCGAUAUUCACUGAAGGUUUUCUCUUCUACUACCACGUUCAUAACCGACCGCCACUGGACCAGCACAUCCACUCUCUCCUGCUGUUUGCUCUGUUUGGAGGGAGUGCCAGUGUCGCCCUAGAGGUGAUCUUCCGGGACAAUAUUGUGCUGGAACUUUUCCGAACCAGUCUCGCCAUUCUUCAAGGAACCUGGUUCUGGCAGAUUGGGUUUGUGCUGUUUCCACCUUUUGGAACCCCUGAAUGGGACCAGGAAGAUGAGGCAAACAUCAUGUUCGUCACCAUGUGCUUCUGCUGGCACUACUUGGUUGCCAUCUGCAUUGUGGCCACCAACUACGCUCUUGUCUACUGCCUUUUGAGUCGGUUGAAGACACAUGGAGGAGGAGAAAUCAUUGGGAUUCAGAAGCUGAAGUCGGAUGACACUUACCAGACUGCCCUCUUGAGUGGCUCAGAUGAGGAAUGA